GAUGAUUACAGUAUAGCUCAACUUUACAGAAGAAUAAUCUCACCCUCUGUUAAAAAUGAAGAAUGGCAGAAACAAACACAUGCUCGGCAUCAAUACCUCAAGAGUCAAUCACCAGUCAGCCGACUCAAAGUGGCCAGUCCAACACACAGCGUCAUGUCUGCCCCUGGUCUCUUAGAAACUGACAUGGCCCUUCAGGUACACAUGCAUGGGUGCCAUAUUUAAUAAGGUGUUCCAGAAUACAAAAACAUUAUUGAAAUUUUCCCCUCACUCCAUUGCCUAGAAGACAAGAUCUCUUACCAUCACCCUUCCUGUGAAGAUUUCAGAUCUUUAGACCAUUUCCUGGGCUAGAUCCUACAGCAAAUAGGAUGCGAAUUCAUUUCUCCCUCCGCUCUCCACCCCACUUCCUAGAGAUGUGUCGGUAUAUACCCCUCAUAUUUUCCCAUUGAUCACUUUAUUUAUCAUUGUGGUCAUCUUUUUUCUUACAAUACAUCAUUCUAUAGUUGUCAUUGCCAUUUAUAUUAUUGCCUUUGUCAUCAGCUCCAGCAAUGUAAUCAUCACUAUCACCAUUAUCAUCACCACUGUCAUCAUUAUCACCAUCGUCCUUCUCCUCCUCCUCCUCCUCCUCCUCAUCAUAAUCAUCAUCUUCAUCAGUAUCAUCAUCAUCACCUUUCAACUUCUGCAAUUACCUCCAGCAAUUCUGGGUUUAUAACCUAAUAAUGCAUUUACCUUCUAGCCUAUAAAUGAAACAAGCUCAGCUGUCACUGAAAAAUCGACAACAAGGAGUGAAUAUGCAGGAUAUAAUUUUCAGUAAGUCUGACAGCUAUUUUAAUCUUCACCUUACAUGUAUAAUUAUUUUGAACAGUUUUUGUUAUCUUUUAAUUGAUCAAUGUAUUAUUACUCUGUGUUUUGUAAAAUUAGCUUUUGCUUUCUCUGAUUAUUUCUUCUCUCAGACCAACCGUAAAGUUCAAAACAACAUCUCUCCCCGCCAUGGCGCUGAGCAGAAAGUACUCACCAUCUCCCACAGGAACAACAAGAACAGUUCCCGUUUCCUUCAGCCAUAACAUGGUAAUACCACUCGUAGGGAGGGGUGUAAGGAGGUCGAAAAACUGCAAAAGCCACUCAAAAAAGCGUGAAAAAAAAAAAAAAUCAUACCAUAUCAAAAUUUGCCAAAAUUGUAUCACUGACACUGUUAUGCACCCCCCGCCCCUUCCAUUAGUAAUAAGCAGGCUUCCAGCUUCCAUUAGUAAUAAGCAGGUAAUUUGUCUCAUGCUAGAAUUUAAAGUGAGAGGAAAACUUGUUUCAUUUUCCUUGUUACUACAACUAUAAGAAAUGCACGACAUUUCUGUUAAAAAAACCCCCGCGGGAUUUUCCCCAAAGUCGCCAUUAGUUUUCGCGGGAAAAAAGUAAAAUUUGCAGGUUGUCUCAAAAGUGCUAGAAAAAUUAAAGUUCGAGAGGAAAAAUUGUUUUCAUUAUCCUUUGUUAUAGAAACAACUAUAAAGGAAUGCACCAUAUGUUUUGCCGACAUGUGGAAAAAUUUUAUCAUUUCGCGGUAAAGUUUUUUCUCCUCUUCUCCAUCCCUUUUGAAUGCCUGUCAUGUUUGGUGGAAAAAGAAAUCAUUAAAGGGAUAAUAAUCUUCUCCAUCCCUCAAUGCCAUCUCUUUGACCUUCCUUUCACUGUAACAGUCAUGUGUCGAGAAGUUUGGCAGCCAAAUAUGCAAUAAAAGUAACUUCGAAAACUGCAUUUAGAUGUAAACCAAGGCUUUCUUUCUUCAGACAAACUUUACAUCGGUCUUGUCUUAUUCACCUGGUGCAAACUGUUACAGAAAAGCAGAGUUUUUAUAUUUUAAGUCUCGUCUUUAUUUGAAUUUUGUUAUUUUAGGGAGUUCCAUCAAGAUAUUGGACAAAUGAGAAGUAAGUCUAACCUAAAGUUGUUAAAAUGUAACUAUUAAUAUUUUUAGACAUGCUUGUUCUCUGUUGCCCUUACUUUGAUAGCCUGUUCCAGGCGCUCAGGUAGUGGGGAAUACGCGAAAGAAAAAGGCAAGCGAAUUCCUCCCGUUUUAUUUUCGUGUUUGCGCUUUCUCAAUUCAGCGGACCCGACUAUCUUGGAGCCUAGAACAGGUUAUUACUUUGAUUCUUAUUUUGAAUACCUUGGUUUAUUAGUUUUACUUUAGAGCAGUUUUCUUAUGUCCUUGAAAUAAAAACGCGUGAACGCAACAGAAACAAGAAACGAACGGAAAUAGAGCGAUUUGAUUGGUUUAUCGAGCGUAUACACGCGUGGCUUUUGGUUGGUUAAGCGAACGCUCGGGUGAAAAAACUUCAUGUCCCAGAACUUUCAGAAAUCAACCGAUACUCUUUGACGUCACACUACAACACAAUUGGCCAAUCGAACAAUGCCUUCUCCAUAUUAAGGUUUUCUUUGGCGGGAAGAGGAAGAGGCCCUGUUUUGGUCUUUUCAUCCAUUGGCUGAUAAAACAAAUAACGAACACAUACCGAAAUCAUUCUCAAGGUCAUACGAAAAUCGAAAACUGUAGCUGGUUAACUUUACAGAAUAAGUACUAAUUUUGCAUCUGUAGGAAAGCUGGUUAAGAUCAGCACUAAUCACUUGAUGUUAAUCUAAUCCACAUGCUUUUAUUAAAAUCGCCAGUCCUAGAAUAUUGUACAGUAGACAAAGAGACAGAUUGAAGGCCGAAGAACAAGCUAAGGAACAGUGUAGAAGAAUGAAAAGGACCUCUGAGGUUGGUAAAACCUGUCAAUACAAAUAAAGGCAAAAAGAAACUGUUCUGAAAUACUUGACUUUUGGUUAGGUUUAUGAAUAGGCAUUAUGAAACGCUUACCACAUUUUUAAUUGUACAAUCAAACCUCCACUAGCAGCGAUGGCCACCUCUUUACGACGGCCACUCUUUUGGCGGACAGUCCAUACACUGACUCUUGUUUGAACCUCUCUACAGCGGCCACCUCUCUACAACGGCUCCUUUUUUUGCGGACAUUCCAUACAUUGAGUCCUGUUUAAAACCAUCUGUAACGAUCACCUCUCUACGCCCACUUUCUUCUGUCCCCAGGGUGGCCUUUGAGAGGAAGUUUAAGUGUAUUCUGUUUGGACCAAGAUGGGUUUUUGAUUAUCAGAACAAGUAGUAACUUUACAGCGGCCGGGGAGAUGCAACUGGAAAGACAAGGCUUCCAUAGGCUGGGUUUUUAUGACUCUCGCGCAUUCAUCGUCGAUAAAUCGCAAAAAACAACUAUGCAGUCGCCUUACACUUAUGAUUUAAAAUCAAGCCUAAAAAUCACAGCCAAAAAUCGCACGAAAACGGGCCUUUACGAAUGCGAUUAACGAGAAGUGCCACAAGACAAUCUCCUGAGUGUGUAAAAAUGAAACCUUAUAACAGUACUUUAUUGCAGUUAGUCGUAAAAUUAAAAAAAGCCACUGGACGAAACGCUUUUUUAUUAGCCUGUCCACAGCCUCCUUUUUUUUUCUUUUUCGAGAAGUCGACAGCGCGCGAGAAAAAAAGAAAACAAGAAACAAAGCAAAAAGGAGAAAAACUAGAAAAACUCCCUUCCUCACCCGGUCCACCUUUAGCUGCGCUAGCGGUCAAUAAAUCCCCGUUGGCUUAUAUUUUCAUACGCGCGCUCAAUGAUCCGCCUCAAUAGUAUGUAGAGGAGCUCUGUGAACAGGCUCCAAGCUUCAUUUUCUUUUUUUCGGUUACUAUCGCUAUUGAUAAUAGCUUAUCAUUUCAAAAUGUUAAAAACUCAUAAUGUAUGCGUUGCUGUUUCUAGAUUCUUAGCCACAGGAUUGACAAGCAGUACUACAUGGCAGGAACAAAAAUACCGUUACAAGGAAGGUUGGUUUACAGCUUUUACUGAAUAGUACCGUUAACUGUUUCUUCCAAACUCAGAGCGUGUUUGUUUACAACGUUAAGAUACUUAAAUUUUGCCUUCCUAAACAAUGACAAUGGUAUAGUACCAAAUCCAUAUGAUAGAGAAGUUUCGAGAAGGUAGCAAACGAUUGCAAGAUGGAAAUGGACUACGGCUUGGGAAAAAUUUUUUAGUGGGGCAGGAGAGGGGCGCGGGAGUCCGGACGAAUAGAGGAUGGGACGGGGUAAAGAGAGGAGAGAGGGGGACUUAGAGUUCUAAAAGGGCGGGAAGUUAGAAAAAUAGGGAGAAUGAAAGCCGUUUCAAAGUCGUUCCACAGUCGAAACUUCCCGGCUCGGCUAGGCGUGAAGAACGGCUGAGCCGUUCCAAAUUGAAAUAGGCGUUUCUAAUUGAUUCAGACGCCGAACUUUUCAUGUACUUAAUUCACCGAGUGGGCCUCAUUAGGCAGAUUAAGCUAAGACAACGCAAUGUCCAAUAAGAACGCAAAGGGCCGCGAAAAGGACUGAACACGACUUCGGGUGUUUUAUUUGCCGCUCUGCCAAGUGAAUUUCUAAAAGUUAUGUUCCAUUUGUCCGACCACCGACUCUCACGCAUCCCCGUCGGAAAAAAAAAUAGAAAAGGCUUGUUAUCUUCACUGCGUCGUCGCGUAGUCUUUGCUAAAUCUUCCUACUGGAUCCUGUGCGCCCUUAACCAUUAACUGUAUCUUAGCAAUUUGUUUCAGUAUCUACAAUUUGUAAUUUGAUUGGUAGGUAUGAUGUAGACAACACAGACCUGUUGCAGCUGAGGCUUCUUUCACAACAAAAGCAACUGUCGGAUUACAAGGCUGCCAAAGACACAAAGUAAUGAUUUUCUUUUUCUUUUUUGUCUUUGUUUGUUUUUACUUUUUUCAACGUAAGAAUGUCAUCAUUCCAAUGGAAUAUUUUAGGGUCUGUUUGUACCUGCAAGAAUUCACUUACGGUACACUGCUUCCGACACUCGCUUUUCUUACAAAAGAAACACAGCAACAACUCGUUGCGGAAAGCAUCAUGGCUCGGUAUGUCGCCUGUUCCUUGUAUCCAAACCCUAGUUUUCGUAUUGGGCCUCUCGGGCAGGCGCUCCAUCUCCCCUCGCUUGUCUCCGUUGCGAGCCCCGUUCUUUCUCGCAUAAUCCAAGCGCCUGCUACCAUGUGCUACGUACGCUAUUCUCUUUCGGCUCAUUGGCUAAGAGCCGGCCUAUAGUUAACAGUGCCAUUGAAAAUCUAUAAAACGUAGAGGGUACUCAGAUACUACGAUAAUAAUAUAUUAUCAUUAAAAGUUUUGCGACACGUUUAAGUAUAAGUCUAAAGGGAAACCGGUCGUUUCGAUACGAACUGAAGCUUUGAAACUGCUCAAAAAAUUUGGUUCACUUGAAGUAUCUAGCGCAUGAACAAGAAAAACAUAUGGCGUGAACAUUUCUCGUUCUAUAAGCCGACUACGAAACUUGGACUAUUGACAAAAUAAUAACACUUGAGGUCAUUGCGUUUACAAAUGUGGUGGCUCCUAAAAGAGCCGUUUGAUUUGUUGAGAUACUAUCCGCUUAUGCUCGUUCUCCACGGAUUCGUCGGGCCAACUGAAUGUCCUUGGGCAUGAUGGUGACGCGCUUAGCGUGGAUGGCGCACAGGUUGGUGUCUUCAAACAGACCAACAAGGUAAGCUUCGCUAGCCUCUUGAAGAGCCAUCACAGCAGAGCUCUGGAAACGCAGAUCGGUCUUGAAGUCCUGAGCGAUUUCUCGCACAAGACGCUGGAAGGGCAGCUUGCGGAUCAGCAGCUCGGUAGAUUUCUGAUAGCGACGAAUCUCACGAAGAGCGACCGUACCAGGCCUGUAACGAUGUGGUUUCUUAACGCCACCCGUGGCAGGAGCGCUCUUACGAGCUGCCUUUGUGGCGAGCUGUUUGCGUGGCGCUUUUCCACCGGUUGAUUUACGAGCAGUUUGCUUUGUACGAGCCAUGUUUUUGGUUGCAAGAAGAUCGUUGAGGAUAAAAUGAUCAAGAAAUUAGUUUAUUCCAUUAUAAUUUUAGAGUUUUAUACAUGGCGGGCUACAUUCUGAUUGGUCGAAAAAUAUCCUUUCUGAUUGGCGAAAAAAUCCUUUGUAAUGUUUUGAAGAAAGUAUCAACGGUUCAUGCCGACGGAGUUGGAUCCCAACAAACUUUACGCUAUCUCGAGUUGUUUUUCCAAGACGUUUCGCCUUAGAAAAUACAUAUAACCAUCGCAAAAGCAAUAAGUAAUUGGUGCUUAAACGCCUUUUCUUUUUGACUAAAUGAAUUAUACUUCUGUGGAUAUUGUGCCAUGAACAUACGAAGCUCACUUUGUUGAACUGAUUAUGCGCAUAAAUUACAUGUGUGUGUGUGUGUGUAUAAUUGCUCUUUGGACUUGCUUUACUUUUGUUUUAAUCUGACCAAUAAAAAUAUUACUAAGUUUUCGGAGAGGUCCACUUUUUUGGUAUAUAAGCCAGGGAGAACAUCUUUUUGGAUAUCAUUUUAGUUAGAGAGCUACAACAUGUCCGGUCGCGGUAAAGGAGGCAAAGGUCUAGGAAAAGGAGGCGCCAAGCGUCACCGAAAAAUCCUUCGUGAUAACAUCCAAGGCAUCACCAAGCCAGCCAUCCGUCGUCUUGCUCGUCGUGGCGGUGUCAAGCGAAUCUCUGGCCUGAUCUACGAAGAAACCCGAGGUGUUCUCAAAGUUUUCCUUGAGAACGUGAUCCGUGAUGCCGUGACGUACACCGAGCACGCAAAGAGAAAGACCGUGACAGCCAUGGAUGUAGUAUACGCCCUUAAACGCCAGGGACGUACUCUUUACGGAUUUGGUGGUUAGAUUCCACUGUCUACACAAACCAACGGCUCCUUUAGGAGCCACCAUAUCCUAUGAAAGUCGUAACCAAUGCUCCAGUACAGUACUUAACUCUUUUUUCCUACUCUGAGUUCGUAUUGAAAGGAAGGGUUUCCGUAGCGCUUCUACGGUACAUGUAGACGGCAGAACUAUUUGAAGUAACCACCAACGGCCGCUCCUACUAUUUGACCCACCAAAACAUAAGACUUUUUCGACGCGAAAGGAAUCAAAGUCAUGAAGGUGGUAGUGAGCAAAGUUUUGAAAACUGUUUCAAAUUUCAGCCCUGGUUGCGCGCGCUUGUGUAAUCCGAUGUUAAUGACUCAAAAGGUUUACUGUAUAUACUAAGAACUAACGGCCUCCGCGCGUAUCGAUUAUGUCGCUAUUUCAUGCAGACGCCUACUUCAAAAGCGUUCCUUAGAUUUCACGGUGAAUAGUUCGGUGGUCGUUCAAGAGUGACUCGUCACUAAAGAACAAGUCGGGGGAACGCAUCGGCCAGAGAGCUCGCACACCAGAUCUGUUAAUACAAAGCUCUAUGAAAGAUACAGUGUUUAAUCCUAGAAAUAAAAAUGCAGCCUAAUGAUAACUUGUUCCUUUGGUAAUCCGUACUUUUAGUCACGUGCCGCGUUCUAGUAAGCGUAAUUCACUGGAAAGUUUGCCGACAUUUAUGUCUGUCAACUUCUUAGAAACCAGUUUCGUUUAUUGUGCCUUGUGGUACUUUGAGGUACAAAGCGAUAUCUUUAAGCAAAGGUUUUAUUCAAAGUCAAAAUGGUGGGAAAUAAGGCACUGAGCGAAGCAUAGUUAUGUUAGCUUUAUUUUAUGCUAAUUAGUUUUUACGCCGCUCAUUCGCAUUGAUUCGCAUCUUUUAGAAGAAUGUCAUCUAAGUAGAGACACUUCAAUCUUUCCAAAAUAAGAGUAAGGUACCUCAGUCGAGCGACUCAACUUGUUCUCUUGUAUUUGUCUACAAAAAUCGAAGGGCUAAUUGAUCUAUUUGCAGGGUGUAUGAAAGGCAGAGAUAGAGCAAGAAAGCAGUAGGAGGCAAAACCGUUUGUAGUAACCACUAAACGCCGCCACAGUUUGAUUCACUGAAUGUUAAGUCGUCUGUUACAAACCACUUCAGUGAGUAACUAGGGGGUUGGUUGGUUGGCUACUUAUGUAUGGAUGGCUGCGCACGUUUGUAAAAAGUUACCUUUGCAAUAUUCUUCAUGCUAUCUCAUUAUCGGAAACUAUUAAAACAGUUACUUCGUGCUUAACGUUAAAACUGCACUCAUUUAGAUGCGGUUAAAUUUUGCGCUCCAUUCAAGAGUGUUCUUAAAAUUUACAUUUAAAUAGUUAUGUUGGCUUUCGAAUGGUAUAAUCAAAUUGACGCAGGUUACGCACGAGAAAGCGCGUACGCUUUGACAGUUAAGUAGAGAUGAAGCUUAAAGAAUACUCUGGAGUGCUAACUCACUGAAACUGGAUGUAAAUUAUCUUAUCUUAGUGCAUGUUUAGAGAUAAAACAUUUAUUUGGAAAGAUCAAUUUACCGAGAAAAUCUAUCUUUCCGCGUUGUUUUAACUACUUGCAGUACUCUUUGGUAGUUGAGACUUCAAAGCGAGUUAUUGGUCAUGACUUUUGUAGCAUUUGUUGGCUCCUAAAGGAGCCGUUUGUGUGAAUGAAAGCUGAAUUAAGCUUUCUGUUUCUUCUCGGUUUUCUUGGGAAGAAGUACAGCCUGGAUAUUGGGAAGAACACCACCCUGCGCGAUAGUCACACCGGCGAGCAGUUUGUUCAACUCUUCGUCAUUUCGGACGGCCAGCUGAAGGUGACGGGGAAUGAUUCUUGUCUUCUUGUUGUCACGAGCAGCGUUUCCAGCCAACUCAAGGAUCUCAGCGCUCAAAUACUCAAGCACAGCAGCCAGGUACACUGGAGCACCAGCACCAACACGCUCAGCAUAGUUGCCUUUCCGAAGAAGACGGUGGAUACGACCAACAGGGAACUGAAGCCCUGCUCGGGAUGAUCGGCUCUUGGACUUGGUGCCCUUUGCCUUUCCUUUACCGCGACCAGACAUGUUUUCAAAGUUAACAGAAGCCUUCUAGUGAAGUGAAAGUUCAAAUUUUGGCAGAAAGCAAUAUUUGUAGAUUAUUUCAAAGUCUAUAGGAUCGAAAGGCACCAAUCAAGGCUCUCUGUUUAUAUUUCAAAGAAGCUUUGUUUUCAUGUGACAUUGCAACACGUGGCUAAGUGUAAAAGAAUUCGUGUUUUUAGCCAAUCAAAUAACUUGAUUUUCGAUCCGUAUGUUAAUCGAUCCUUACCCUAUUCUGUUAUAAAUAUCAAGUGCAUAGAGUACUCAGGCAUUUCUAAACCAUAUUGAAAUACAGAUAUGGCACCCAAAGUUGCAGGUAAGAAAGGCGAGAAGAGAGCCGGAAAGGCAAAGGCCUCAUCUGAUGGAAAGAAGAAGAGAAGAGGAAAGAGAAAGGAAAGCUAUGCUAUCUACAUCUACAAGGUGUUGAAGCAAGUUCACCCUGACACUGGUAUCUCCAGCAAAGCCAUGGGCAUCAUGAACUCGUUCGUCAACGACAUCUUCGAGCGCAUCGCCACCGAAGCUUCCCGCCUUGCCCACUACAACAAGAAAUCAACCAUCAGCUCCCGCGAGAUCCAAACCGCCAUCAGGCUGCUUCUGCCCGGUGAACUGGCCAAACACGCUGUCAGUGAAGGAACGAAGGCUGUGACCAAGUACACCAGCAGCAAGUAAACUUACUUCGUGAGUUUACCGCCAAAACCUACGGUUCCUUUAGGAGCCACCACAUAUAAUAAAAGUUAUGAUCAAUAUUGCAGAACAUAAAGCUCAACGCGCGUUUCCCUUUAAUUAGCAAUCUCUCUAAAGCAGGCACCGCUCUUGUUUGCGCGGCCAAAUUCUCAUUGAUUUGUUUUGACUUGUUGCGGCUACAAAAUUCUGUUGCGGAGGUAAAGAUUUCCAAAAAAAAUUCUUGCCAGUACACACAAAACAAAUGAGGGCACGUAAUCGGCAAUGUCAACAAAGUGAACUUGUAGACAGCAGCCGUAACACAUCUCCUUUAUUAGUCAGGUCUUUCGCUCUGCAUGCAAACAAAACGGCGCUCUAAGCCAUUUUCAAUUUGCCUAACACUUAUCGCAAACAAGCUUGAACAGUUUUAUGAAAGCACUAGGUUAGACUGGAUAACCUUUUUUCUUCUUAAAUGGCUACACCACGAACGGUCGUCCUUCUUUCCUCAGAACUGCCCGCCGCAAAAUUAAAAUUAUGCAAAUUAGUGGUGAAAAAGACGGGAGAUUGAGGCGGAGAGAAGGUUUCCGUCCUCGUUUCUGGCGGCUUCGCUGCUUAGACUUCCUCUCACGCGUGCCGGCUCUCGAGCUACUGUGACUCAAAAGAAAAUAAGUGGCUACUCGCAGUCUGUAAAAUAACCCACCUGAGAAGAAAUCUGGAAGUCCAAUGAAUUCUUCGUUUAGAUAGACAAGAGGACAAGAAGAUUUAUUUCACUCAGUUCCGUUUUAUAUUUGACACAGAUUGAAGUGACAAUGACAAAUAAGUACUUAAUUUAGUUACAUAAGAGACCCAGUGUGUUUGAGUGAUAUUUAAUGGAACGGUUACUUACAGAUUUGCUUCAAGAAAUCCUCGGGACAGUCCAAGUGGUCAGCUUAGUACCCCUGUGCCAGGAAUUAGGGCACCCAGCUCCGCGGUAAGCCUUCUUCCUAAACGUUUCUGCAAUUGCAGUUAUCAUUUCGUAGUAUCCUCUUGUGUUGUUACUGAAAGAAUGUUUAUCUGAGACCUUAAUUCUUUCUUCGUCGUGGCGCUUCAAUUUUUCCGUUAUGUCCAAUUUUUUGUAUAGAUUGCAAAUAGUUGAUGACCCCACCGAGGCAUGCUUCAGCGGUCUUUCUUUUGUGCGAUUGAGUUCUAAUUUGUUAUAGCCUGUGACCGUCUAAAAGCCAAAUUCGUAGGGACGUUUUCGUUCUAGCUGUUCUUUCAAGUGUUUGUUUGUUUGUUUGUUUUCAUCGUGCAUGCAUAUAAAAUCUUGAUAUCAUCAUUUUAUACGCAAGGGAGUGCAAGGGAUUUGCUUUGUUUUGUUUUUUUUUCUGGCCUAUCUAGAAUCAAAGCACGGGGAAAAAACAGCUAUCACAAACAGCAACCUUCCCAGCUAGUCAUCUCUUACCCUCUCUUGAAAUUGUUCUUGUUCAAACUGUUGCUGCUCGUUGUCCCUAAAGUUUCUAGGUUUUUUUUUGUUUUUGUUUUUGUCUUUGCAUACAGGCAUUUUCUUCUGCUACUGAUUUGGAAAGCGCCGAAACUGAUGGAAAAUGGGCGGAAGAAGAGUCGGAUAUCAGUUCAGUUGACGAGUUUGACAGCGUGUCAAUCAAAGGAAGACGGAAGGAAUUCAUGGAUCGCAAAGCCGCUAUACUCAAUCAGAGAGUAUCUCAAAAUGGCGUUGAAGAUGGCGAUUCCCCCGAUUUCGAAAACAAGGACAGCAUAGAAGGCACUGAUAAAAAGACACAGUCUGUGAAAAAGAAUGGAAUUCCUUCCGCCAAAGGGGUUAAAAAAGGGAAAAUACGAUUCAAAGAUCAGGAAGAAAAGACGCCUGACAAUCAGAAAAAGAGUAAGGACAAAAGAAAAAUUGCAAGGAAAGGGCAAGAGGAUGAAGAAGCGACGAAAGAUGAUGCUGGUGAUUCAAGUGCUCCAAAAGAAGAGAAAAGAAAUAAAUAUUUAGAUGAGUGGCUCGGAAUAAAAAGAGAAGAGGUUGAUACCAGAUAUCAGCCGGGGAAACCUCCACCAAACAGGUACAUGCUGGUAUAAUUCGGGCUCUACUUUUAAUUAUGAGAGAAGAGGUGUUUUAUUUGUUAUAUCUAGACCUACCAAGAAGUGGUUAAAACAAGAGAACAUUGGCGCAACCGAGUCUAGUACACCUAUUUCGACAAAUUUGGACAUCAAAUAAAACGCGUCUAGUCACUUAACCUUCUGUUUUGCGGCGCGUGUAGUAGGUUUUUUGUUUGUUUGUUUUUCUUGCUCUCUUUUGGUACUUAUGAUUCUUUGACUUUAUUUUCCUCAGGAUUUUUAUGUCAACUAACACAAACGUCUCAAAGAAGAAAGGAGGAAAAUUUUCGUCGUAAGUAAUCAGGAACUAUGCCGUUGUAUGAAUGAAAGACAGUGUAGACUUUUCACAGUCACCUAUUUUUCCUUGAGAUCGUCAAGAUCGAACGAUUUGCUUUACGGGCGGCCAUCUUAAUUUCAAAUGUACGUAGAGGACGGGCGUCGGGGGUUUUUAGUGGUAGAGGGAGAGAGGCAAACAGUCCCCCGCCCUUUAAGUAGAUUUGACACUCAUCCCCCAACUAGAAACCAAGAUGGCUCCUGUAAGCUCCAUCUCGACGAUCUUACGGAAAUAUUGGGGACUUUGAACAGUGUAGAGACAGUGGGGCAUACAAAUGUUUCCCUUGUGGUUAACAUGCACUUGUGUCGCUCCCUUAGGUUUCCUGUGUAAGUAUCGGUCUCCGUUGAUUGUUACCACUGAAUCCCUUUUUUGUGACGGUAAAUCCUCUUUUAAGCCCGCCCGGAGUUUAUUUAUUUCAAGCCCCUUUGAUAGAGGGGUGGGGGGAGCAAUAUUUUUUGAGAUUUUUUGGGGGGGGGGGCUUAUUUAAUUUAGAAACGACAAUGAUAUCAGUUCUCCAUUAAGAACUAGGAUACAAAGUGGUAAUCCGAACUUCCAGUUGGGAAAUAAACCAUCCUGCAUCAGUCCACAAAAGCCUUUAGGGUCGCCCGGGGAAGGCAAUGAAGAUCGCAAGGGAUUAAUACUGGAAUUGGCGCCAGGUGAAGGGAGAAAUUUCGAGGGCGCGCGCGCACGAGGAGAGAAAAGGAGGCCUCUUCUCCAUUGAUGCAACGUCUGUCUUAGGAGGGACUUGGAAUAAGUCGGAUGUGUUAGUUAUUAGGCUCUGCUCUGGAUCACAUGCAUGUCCCGACCUUUUCUCAUUUAUAUUCUAAUUCGCUACCCCGCUCAAACGAAUAUAAAACAUUUAUCAUGUAAUAAGGAGCCACAAUAGAGAGAAGUGUAAUGUCACGUUACCAUGGUAGCACUAUUUCUGGAUGACAACAAAACCAACGGCGACGACGGCAAGGAGUUCGGCAGAGAAUGAUAUGUUUAUAUUAACAAACAACAACUUUGCACGUGCAUCCCGCCAUUUUCUACAUUUCUUUGCCGUCGUUGCACCACUACGACAUGAAACUUCCUAAUUUUACGAGCCCGCUUUAUGGAGUAGGUGAACACAGCACAAAAAUUGUCCCUUUCAUUUUCUUAACUUAGAUAACGUUAGAUAUGGUCCCAAAGAAAAUUUCUCCAAGAUUUGCCAAGUUAAAUGAAAUUGAUUAAGAUCGGUGAAGUUUGAAAUAGUGCGAAUAGACUUUUAAGUGACUUUUUCGGUUUGUUGUCAUCCAAAAAUUUUGCUACCAUGGAAACGUGACGUAACGACUUAUCCUCUCUAUUGGGGUGUGUCAACACGAGGCGUGUGCGACCCUCUUUAUUAGGGACUUUAAGAUCCAACGACGCGACGGCGACAAAAACGUCGCUUAAAAAGUGAAUUUGCGUUCUUUGAGUCUUCAUAGCGAUUAUUCCUACCCACUUACUUUGUCAAUUGUAGGCGAACCCUCCUGAGGCUGAAUUUCAAGGGACCAAAUUCAAGCUCAGAAAGAGAAAUAAAAUUUCGUCGUUGGUUGUUUACGUCCUCAAAAAACGCGAAAUUAGGCAUUUUCAAGUCGUAAGUCGUGCAAAAACGGGAAAGAAAUGUACAAAAAAGUGUGAUGCAAGAGCGAAGUUGUUGUUUUGCUAAUUAAACCAAUUGUUUUUUUUUGACGUUCUCGUUGUCGUCCGCGUCAUUGGAUCUUAAAGUCCCUAUUAUGCCUUCAUCAGCAAAAUGGAUGGGAAUGAUACAACAAACAGAAUGAAAACUCGGAAAUGUGAAAAAUACAACAAGAAAACCACCCUACAAAAUGAUCUAAACUGUGCUCGUAUAACAAUGAUACCGUAAAGGUGCUAAACCUUUAAUUGACAGCAGCAUGCAAAAACUACGUCUGAGAGAAACUGAUAACCCCUAGUCACUGGGUAUUUAAUUAUGAGGUAGUAGGGACGGUCGUAAGACGCGAAUGAAUAUAAAUGACAACAACUCAAAUAUAUAGCCUACCGCUAAUGAAGCAAUUAUAACAGUAUACCAUGUAACACCCCAAAGAAAGGGUUACAUGUCCCACGAUAAAUACAUUUAUUUUUGUUUAUCCCGUUGGCAGAACAUUUUUGACAGAGAUCACUGAAGGAAAGGAAGCGGAAGACGACAAACUUCAGACGCCUGUAAGUCGUAGUCAUACGUCCUUUCAACUUUCAUUUAUUACUUUUUUGUUAACCAUUUUUCCUUUAUAUACAACCUGACUCUUUAGGCUCGCACGAGUUAGCCUGUAUCGCAGAUUUGAUGUAAGACUGGUUAGUAACGUCUGCAAAGAAGCGCCGAUAUCCUUGUUCUGGACCUCAACGCAGUGGCGGAUCCAGGGGAAGGGUGCGCCUCCCUCCCCCAAGAUCUGACGCUUGUUUGAGACUGAAAUUCUUACAUCGACAGGAUCGUAUAUCACUUUUUAACUGGCUGAUUUUUUUUAUGAGAUGCGCUUUGCAUUUUGCCACUAAACUAAAUUCCAGGGAUAUUCAAAAAUGUCAUUGUUUUUGGGUACCCUCGAAUGAUCUGUUCGCCUCCGCGCCACCGGCGACCGGCGUUCACAGCUUGAGAAACACGUGGCCAUCUGUGUGAGAAGUAAUUUGCCACAAAAAAGUUCAACGGUCCUUUGUGAACCAAAGUUUGGACCUUCCCCCCCCCAUCAAAAAUUUCUGGAUCCGCCCCUGCAAUGGAAGAGCGAUUUGAAUUUCCCUUCAACCUGAUUGGCAAAUCGACAAUAACUUUUUCAACAAGGCAGUCAUGGCGCUUACUCUAAUCCCAGUACACUUUUGGAGUCAGGGGUCCUCCACAAGGAUUUCGGCGCUGGUUUGCAGACGGACGUAACCAGAGUUUAGUUUCGUCUUUGGCGCAGGCUAUGUAGGGCUAGCGUGGGAUUCGAACUUAAAUGAGCAUUUUAUUUUCCUCCAGGAUACGCGUUACGGAAUCAUCAACGAACAACAGAGACAUGUGUUUGGCCUUCUUUUUGAUGAAGUGGAUAAAGAUAAAAAUGGCAGUGUAACUCUAGAAGAACUCAAGCUAAGGAUGCAGCCUUCUGUUUCUAGACACGAUAUUAAACAUUUUGUACAGGUAAAAAAGGAAGUACCUUUAACCUUGUCCUUCAGAAUUAUAUGUAAUCAAAGUUUUAAACAAAUGUCAAGUCAUUCUUUGACCUGGGUUGGGCUAGACUCCCUUAUAUAAGCAACCGUUAAACGAACAGUCUAUCACUCACAUCGCUCGUGCUUGACAAUUUCCUCGAGAAAAACAAAAUAAAUGUCUGUGAACAGGCUUCUGUAAUUCUAACUUUUGAGUCAUUGUUAGGUUUCGCGUUUAAACUUUCUCGUACUUUUCUUUUUUUCACUUUUAGGUGUUUGACUUAAACAAAGAUCACACCGUCGAUAAAAGAGAAUUUACCGCCAUUUGUGCUCUCAAUGAUCAGAUUUCUGGAACUAAGUAAGAAAUUUGAAGUUUUUCUUGCCGCGUGAAAUGAUUAACUAGGGCUAUUGGUUUAUCUCUCUUUCAUUCAUUCUUUUUUUUAAUUGUUUGUCAGAACUGAAUCCGAAGAUGCAUCUUUAGCCUUAGACCUGGAAAAUUUAUCGCAGCAUAUUGUCAUUUUCAAGGUAAAGUGCAUGUGGUAGACAUCAAAAGGUUUCUAUUUUUAAGACGGUCGUAUAUUAGACAAAAAUGAAACUCCACAGAUUGAAGAUCUCUCUUCUCGUACAGUCAGUGAAAAGGUAGGCAUUAUUAUAAUAAUAAUUGUUUAUUUUUAUUUUUUCGUGAACAUGGUUAAAAAAACCUUCAUCCUGAAGAAACGUUUUGUAGUUGAUUGAUACCAUCUAAUCUAUUGAAAAACUCUUUCAGAGACUGUGAAUAACAUGGAUAUAUCGAAAAUAGAGAGUAGAAUAUUAUGGGCUGGAAAAAUAGAUGUAGAAAAUAUGAAUUGCGAGGCCAUUAAAAACUCAGUGGAAUUUUCUUUUCUUUAUUUCUUCUUUGUUUUGUUUGUUUGUUUGUUUGUUUGUUUUUUCCGUCCCAAUUAGUGACUAGUGUGCCAAACUUCCAUAUAAAACCUCUUGGGCAAUACUUUUUACACAAUAAAAUCAAUAUGAUUACUUCUUAUUCUUAACAGUUAAAGUUCUCGUUUGUAGAGGUAAUUAAUAUGUUGUUCCCUAUCAAUACUGCUUUUGUAAAGGAAAUGUUCAAAACAAUCGAUGAAGAUGAUGACAACAGACUAGACGCUGGAGAGUUGCUAGUGAUGGUGUCCGCUGCCAUGGAAACGGAAAUAGGGGCGGACCUUCAGACAGCCAAGGAGGUGCUUGAAGGAGCACGUGAUGAGUUUGGUGGGUCUAAUCGUUGCAGUUUCUUAUCAUACAUUAAGCAAUUAUUUUAUAAAGUAUCAUACCGGCUAUGGAGAAUUAUGCAGAUCGAGGAUCUGUGUUGUGUUUUUUUUUGGUACUGGUGAAUUUGUUCGUUGGCCACUAUUUGGAGUGAAAGGAUCAAUGACUGGAUCGUAAUCUCUGCUUUCGUUAACAUGACGCGGCAACACCGUCGGGCGUCACCGCUAACUACUGUUUCUGUUGUUGUUUUUAAUAGAUCGUUUUCACUGUCACGCAACAAAAAAAUUAAUUGGAAACCGUCCAGUGGAAGAAGCCAAGAAAAUGAAAUGUUAUAAAAGACUAAUUUUUAAACAAUUUGUCCAAGUCUCAGGUCUUUGUGGCCCACAGUCUCCGAGUUAUUUGCCGAAACGUUUCACGCACCUUUGUAGAGCUUUGUAUGGAGACGCCAUAUUGGUGCACAGUUUUGGUACACCAAUAUGGCCGCCGAAAAUCAACAAAAACAUCUGGAGUACACUUUUUCUAUAAAAGUUCCUUCUUUUCACUCGAGAACUAGCAUACGUGCGCAAAAAAUAUCUUCUAAUACUUGGAAUGGUUAUACUGCUGAAAAUCAAGAGGAGAUACUUUUUUUUCAACGAGACAGCAUUCCUAUUUUGGUGUCACGCACUGUGAAAACUCGGAAGUUCAAAUUACUGUAUUUUCGAAAUGAAACAUGCUACGGGAAUGAAAACCUGUAAAAAGAUUCACUUUUUGUUUAUCUUCAACGUAGUGUAAAUAAGAAUACGUAAAAUCUGGCUAUUUUGACUUUACAAUUUGAUGACGUCACUGUGAAAGCCAUCUAAAGAAUGUGAGACGAUUACGACUACGAGUCCGAGAUGUUCUCAAUACUAACCUAAGUAGUGCACGCGCGUGAACCAGGGUCAUUUUUGGCGGGAAAACAUGAUUGCGGUCAUAGCUCCUUCAGUAAAGAUAACAGUGCUAAUCGUUUGGCGAAGAAGAAGUGCACUGAAGCUUUCCGGGGUGUCUAUACUUAAGAAUACGCAAAAAAAAAAUUCAGUCAAAUCUCGUACUCCUAGUCGUUCUCGUCCUAGAAUCUAAAGGUCUCUAAUUUGUACCAAUGAUGUUCACCAGAAAAGACAACUUAUUUGUGUCCUUUUCGAUUUUCUCCAGGUUUUAUCGACUUCAUUGGUUUUAUGUCAUAUAUACCUUUCUUUGCAAAGCUGUUGAGAACAAUUCUGGAACAUCCGCUGAGUAUUGCUGAACUAGAGCGAGCUCGUGAACGUGUGAAAAAGCAUGACAUUACUUUUAAACCGCCCAAGAAGAAGGCCAAAGAACCAAAGAGUUGGGAAGUAUUCUAAAACUCUUUCCGGCCAGAUACGAAUUGCUAAAUUAAAAAAUUAAAAGCAACAAAUAUACUAUGCAAAGUACCUAAA